UGAGUCGAUGUCAAGGUCGAUCAGCACAAAAUGCUGGAACGCGCGCUGACGGUUUUGAAAAUUGCCUUUGGAUUGAUCGUGUACCUGAUCAAGGGCAAGUAUCUUAAGUUGAGGCCAAUAGCAAAUCAGCCGAUUGUAUCGAUCCGGCAGGGUAAGCUCCGUGGAAUAAGUGCUCAACUACCGAAUGGAUCGCGUUAUCACUACUUCAAGGGUGUGCCGUAUGCCAAGCCACCCGUGGGAGAUUUGCGCUUCAGGCCACCGGUUCCGCUAGAGAAGUUCGACACCCCGGUGCUUGAUUGUGUGGUGGAACGCAGCGAUUGCAUACAGCGUGAUCUGUUCACCAACCGAGUUGUGGGGUCCGAGAAGGGGCUUUACCUGAAUGUGUUCACACCAAGUAUCGGCGAUGAAUCCGAGCAAAGGUUUCCGGUAAUGAUCUACAUCCACGGAGGUGGUUUUAUAGCCGGCACUGGGAGCAGCUUCUUCUAUGAUCCAGUUUACUUUGUGCAAGAGGGCGUGGUCGUUGUGACAUUGAACUAUCGCUUGGGACCUCUGGGAUUCCUAAGCUUUCCUAGUGCAGGAAUCAGCGGCAAUGCCGGCUUGAAGGAUCAAUUAUUGGUGUUUAAAUGGGUGAAGGAGAACAUUUCUCAAUUUGGCGGAGAUCCAAACAACGUGACGGUGUUUGGCGAAAGCGCUGGAAGUAUAUCGACGUAUCUACACUACCUUUCCAAGAAUUCCAGCCAAUAUUUCAAUCGAGUAAUAUGCCAAAGUGGAAUUCCUAGCACCGAAACGUUUUUCCAAACGGCUGGUGAUGAGAAAGCUCGAGCUUUGGCGAAAAUCCUUGGCUACAACGGUUCUUCAGAUGCAGAAGUUUUGCAAACGUUGCUGAACGCGCCUGCGGAAGAUCUUAUCAAAUACCAGCACAAAGUCCUAACGCCCGAAGAGAAACGAAUGGGCGUUCACUUUGCUUUCAUGCCGGUGAUCGAAGCUACGGAAUCUGAAGACAGCAUAAUCACGGAAACCCCAGAAACAAUCAUAAAAUCAUCACGCAGCCUGCACAAACCCAUCAUUGAUGGAUGUAACAGUGGAGAAGGGAUCUUGUCGUUGUUUUUGAUGAACAGAAGAGUCCACUUGGGGAAUGUAGAUCCAGCUCGUUUCGUUCCAAUUUUUUUGAAAUCUUCAAAAGAUGUUGAUCGGACGGAGCUGGGACAGCAAAUAAAGAGGUUUUAUUUCGACGACAAACACGUAAAUAAAAACACCCAUAAUGAGUUGUGUGACGUGAUGGCGGAUAAUUAUUUCAUUACCAACUCAGUCAUCAACAGCGAAUGGCUGGCAAAGUAUCAGCCUAACGUGCCGCAUUACCACUACCGAUUCACAUUCGAUGGCCAGUUCAGUCUAACGAAAAAACUGUUCAACCAGACACAUCUGAAAGGAGCGUGCCACGGAGAUGACGUGUUCUAUAUGUUCAGUCCACCGUACUUGCCCAAACUUCCAGAGACUAGCGAUGAGUGCUCCAUUCGCAGAACAUUUGUUAGAUUGUGGACAAAUUUUGCAAAGUACGACGACCCAUCUCCCGAUCAUGACAAGGAUUUGCAGAUCAAGUGGAAACCGAUAUCAAAAACGAACAACACCUCUACCGACUUUAAACUGGAAUGCCUGGAAAUUGAUAAAGUUCCUAAGAUGAUCGAAGAUCCGUUUCCAGAGCGAAUCAAAUUCUGGAGAAGUCUACUGGACACUCAUCGAAACAAUUUUCUGUGAUAUUUUGCAUCGAAUCGAAGAAUAGCGUUAGAGUUUAGUGGCCGACCAUUUUAUUAAGAAAUAA